AUGCAAAGAAGUCGACUUUCAUCGACUCAGCAGUCUCAACUAGAUGAACUAGACGAUGAGAUCAGGUCUCCUCUUCAGUUCGCCGCUGCACAAGGGAAUUUGUGCCAAGUACAGCAGCUCCUAGCCCAACAAGUGGAUCCUAAUGAGCCCCCUAAAGGUUACUAUGGCCAGACAGCCCUUCAGGCCGCCUCUUGUAAUGGGCACUUCGCCGUGGUUGAGAUGUUGUUAGUGGCAGGCGCAGAAGUGAACGCCCCCGGAGGAAACAACGGUGGCAGACCAGCGGUAGUAGUGGCCUCUGGAGCGGGCUAUCUGAAUAUCGUCAGCCACUUAGUCUCUGCGGGUGCAGAUAUCAACUUCCCGCCCCAUCCGUAUAUGGGCCUAACCGCCCUCCAGGCUGCCGCGGAAGGAGGCCAUAUCGAGAUACUACGAUGGCUGCUUGAGAAAGGUGCAGAUGUCAAUACGCCCCCUGCUAAGAAUCGAGGCCGCACCCCACUUCAAGCUGCUGCAUCCGGGGGUUACGCUGAUAUUGUGGAAUUGCUCCUACACCACAAAGAUGAUGUGAAUGCCCCCGCCGUAAGGUAUAACGGUUUUACGGCCCUUCAAGGCGCGGCUUUUGGAGGCCACCGCCAGAUUGUCCGUCGACUGUUAGAUGCAGGAGCCGAUGUGAAUGCUCAAGGCUCUCAUUAUAAUGGGUAUACGGCGCUUUCUGGAGCGGCAGGAUGCGGCCAUUAUGAGAUUGUUCGGAUGUUACUCGAUGCUGGUGCAGAUGUCUCACUCACAUCAGGACAUAAAAGGUGGACGGCGGCACAGAUUGCGACCUUUCGAGGGCAAGAAGCCAUCAUGCAAAUUUUCCAACAGAUUAAGCAGACGGAAAAGAUAGUAUAA